GACCAGGCCUCCUCUGCCAUCACCCAGGAUCUCAAGGGUUCCUGUCAGCAAAUUGGAGUGCCAGCUUGUCUCUGCCAGCCAUUUCUGGAGACAGAUCCAUGGAGAUGAGUCAAGAUCCACCUGAGCAGAACAUCAAGAUGAAAAGGAAGAAAGGAGAUGAACCUGUACAGCACGUCACAGUAAAGAAAAGUAAAAAGCUAACAGAAUAUUUUGUAGACACAGAAGUGGAGGAAAAAAUUGAAGCAUGUCCACUCAAGAUAAGAAAGCGAAGAAAGAAAAUCUCUGACAUUGUGCUGAGCUCAGCUCCGAAACCUGCUGUCCCAGCUGAUUUGCAGAAUAUGAUUGCUCAAUAUUUCAAAAAUGAUCGCUCUGUAAUAGAACUCGAGGAACUGAAACUGCCAGAUUCUUGUUUUCUUCAAAGCAAUGACCUGACUCACACCCUGUCCUCCUAUCUGAAACAAGUUUGUCCCAAGUGGGUGAAGCUGUGUAAGAAUCACACAGAGAAGAAGUCUGCGCUGAUGUUGAUAAUAUGCAGCUCUGCUCUCCGAGCUCUUGAAAUGAUCAGAAUGAUAACAGCUUUUAAAGGUGACUGUAAGACUCUAAAAUUGUUUGCAAAGCAUAUUAAGGUAGAGGACCAGAUAAAAUGGCUUGCCAAGGGGGUGAUACACCUUGGUGUAGGAACACCAGGACGGAUUAGAAGUCUCAUCGAGCAAGAUGGACUCAGUGUACAGUCUUUGAAGUAUGUAAUCCUUGAUUGGAAUUGGCGUGAUCAGAAGUUUAGAAGAUUAAUGGAUAUUCCAGAGGUGAAACAGGAAACAUUGAAGCUACUGGAAACAAGUAUCAUACCUGCCUGUAAAAGUGGAUCUGUAAAACUGGGUCUCUUUUAAGACCAGUUAUUCCAUGCCAAAAAUCAACCCUAUUUGUUGGUUCCCUCCUUUGUGAAAGCAGACAGGAUAUUUUGUUAUUAUAAGUUGCAUGCUUAUUCCUGAAUUUAAUAAAAUGCAUAACAUGCUUAAUA